CUCCUCCUUCCGUGCUCCAUUCCGGGCUCGCUCCUCCGCGCUGCGUCCUCCUCAAGCCCUCUCCUCCCACCACUCCGCCGGCGGGAACCACCGCUCGCACGUGACGAAAUGGAAGCAGCACCUGCCAUCCGCACAUCCUCGGCCUCUUCCGUAGCAUCGAGACCCAGCCGCCUCCUCGCAGGCCCAUCCUCCGGGCACGCCCGGGCGCUCGCGGCACUGCCUCCGCCCCGCGCCGUCGCCUCCUCCCGCGCGCCGCUGGUAGUCUCCAGCCCGCCCCCUACCGCGCCCGCGUACGCCAAGGUCGACCGCUCCGGCCGGUUCUGCAGCCCCCGCGCCGCCCGGGAGCUCGCGCUGAUGAUUUCCUAUGCGGCGUGCCUGGAGGGCACCGACGUCGUCCGGCUCUUCGACCGCAGGAUCAGCGCGAGGCGAGAGCCCGGGUUUGUUUUUGACAAGGCGUGCUUGCUGAGCUACAACCAUAUGAGCUUCGGCGGGGGACCUCUCGAGGUUGGGACGGAGGAGGAGGCUGAGAAGCUGACCAGUCAGAACGAGAAGGAUUCAGCCAACGAAGCAGAAGUUCUUUCAGCUCCUCCAAAGCUUGUUUACAACAACUUUGUUCUACGGUUGUCCAGGGAACUUUUAGUGGCUGUUGCUGGUGGAUGGGAUAAACAUGUUGAUAUCAUCAACAAAAUAACUCCCCAGACUUGGAAGGAUGAGCCUGUGGCAAGGAUACUUGAGCUCUGCAUUCUUCAUAUUGCUAUGGCAGAGAUGACAUCAAAAGGAACACCUCACAAAGUUGUCAUUAAUGAGGCAGUAGAUCUGGCGAAGAGAUUUUGCGACGGCGGUGCUCCUCGGGUAAUCAAUGGAUGCCUUCGAACAUUUGUAAAGGAUCACUUCGACAUUACAGGCACCAGUCAGGCAGCUGAGACAAAAGCGUGAAGUUUUUUGCAUAUACCAUGUAUCGUACAUCAGAAAGGUGGCUGAAGUAACAUAAGUAUGGAGGAAAACCUUGCUCUCUUCAGACAAAACUCCUUCAUCGAAGAUUGGAUGUUUAACCUGAGAGGAGGCAAACGGGGGGAGGGGGGGGGGGGGGGAGGGGGGCACGUCGAGAGCCAGUAAAAGCUUCAGUCUGCGAUUGGGUGAAACAUACUGAGCUUUAAGCUAAUGAUGUAGAUUCAGCUGAAGCUACUGAAAGGUUACAGCUUCUGACAGCUUUUAGUCCUGCUGAUCAUUGUGAUCCACCGGAUAACACAUUAUGUACAAACCUGAAUUACCUGAUGUGAAUGUAAGUUAUGGUUCCAGAUGCU